AUGUCCCAGCCAGAUAUAUCGAAACCUGCGGGUAAAAGUUGGCGAGAAAUAAAUCAAGAGAGGAAAGCUUUAAAACGUCAACGAAAUGAAGAGAAAAUAGUGAAGCGUGAGAAAAAAGCUGCACUGGAUCGUGAAGUGGAAGCAAAAAAUCAUGAGGAAAUUGAACGGGAAAAGAAGUACUCCGAGAUAUCGACUAUUAGUAUCGCUGUCCCAGGUUCUAUACUUGAAAACGCUCAAUCUGCCGAACUCCGGACUUAUUUAGCCGGUCAAAUAGCGCGAGCAGCUUGCGUGUUUUGCGUAGACGAAGUUAUUGUGUUUGAUGAUAUUGGUGAUAAGUUGAACACUAAGAAGUCAAAGUUGGACGAUGCUGACGGAGUCAAAGUGGCUAGAAAAAGCUGCGUUCAAUUGGCCCGUAUCUUGCAAUAUUUGGAGUGUCCACAGUACUUGAGAAAACAUUUUUUCCCUAUACAUAAAGACUUAGAAUUUGCAGGAUUACUUAAUCCAUUAGAUGCACCACAUCACUUGAGAAUGUCAAAUGAUUUUCAAUUUAGAGAAGGUAUAACUAUGAACAAAAAAGUGAAACCAGGCAAGGGUUCUCAAGUCAAUGUGGGGCUUCUUCAAGAUAUCUCUACAGAUAAACUUUUGAACCCGGGCUUAAGAGUUACAGUUCGAAUGUUACCUGCACAAGAUGGGAGCAAAAAGAUCAAAGGGAAGAUAGUCAGCCUGACCACACCAAGGGCUGAAACAGGAGUAUAUUGGGGCUAUACAGUCAGAAUAGCAAAUAAUUUGAGUCAAAUCUUUACACAGAGCCCUUAUAAAGACGGGUAUGAUUUGACUAUUGGCACAUCAGACAGAGGAGCUCCAAUAGAUGACAUGCCAAAUAAAGGAUUGAAAUACAAUCAUGCACUCAUAGUGUUUGGUGGCUUACAUGGGAUUGAGGCUGCUUUAGAGGGUGAUGAGCAAAUACAAGCAGAGGAACCAAGCUUACUCUUCAACCACUAUGUAAAUGUAUUGCCUAACCAAGGGUCUAGAACAAUACGAACAGAAGAGGCAAUACUUAUAGCCUUGUCUAGUUUCAGGACUAAAUUACAACCUAAUAAUGAGCCAAUGGUUUUCUCUGGCACGGGUAUAGCUGUAAGUUCGUCAUUCCCUGCAUCUAAAGUAGAAGCUGAGCAUUCUACAGUUGAAAACCGCUUAGAUUUAAGAAGAUUUGACUAA